CCUGGGCUGUGUUCAAGGCCUGUUAGUGAGAACCCCAGACAUAUCCCUUCAAAGGCGCACUCGACAGCUGCGCUGUCAACCUCUACUUCCAGGAACGCAAUCAAGUCUUGGUUCUUGCACCGAGCUUGCCCUGGCACUUAACUCAACGACCUUCAUACAACUUGAACUUGAGACAGGUCGGCGACAUGAUUCCAUGAAGCUGCACCCUUCCCAGUCAUGUCCGAUGAUAGCAUCACGUUCCCGCAUGAUCCGACGAGUGCAGAAUCGCAUUUCAACCAGCACGACCUGCAGCUUCUAGCACAAUCCUCGCCCGAAUCGCCUCUCCGAGUUGUUGCACUCGUUGACUACGACUCAUUCUAUGCCCAAUAUGAAUCAGUCAGGCUGGGUCUUGACCCUUCCAAGCCUCUCGCAGUGCGCCAAUGGAACGCCAUCAUCGCGUUAAACUACCCAGCAAAGGACCGCGGACUCAAGAGGACCAUCUCGGUGGAAGAAGCGCGUCGACUCUGUCCAGACAUCGUCCUGCAACAUGUCCCAACUUGGAGGGAAGGCGAUGAUUGCUGGAGAUACAGGGCCGACGUGCUGGACAACUUGACGACGGAUAAGGCCUCCCUGGAUCCAUAUCGCGACAUGUCGCGAAGGACGAUGAAGCUUGUGCGAAGGAUUCUUCCGGCCACGCCUGCGCCUACCAUCGAGAGAGCUGGGGUGGAUGAGUUUUACGUUGACCUCUCAGCUCAAGUUUACCAGAUUCUCACGGAGCGAUUCCCUGCCUUGGGAACGCUUAGUCACAAUCCCGAAAAGACGUUACCGCUGCCCCCGGUGGACACCUCGAUGCACUGGAAGUCAGACAAGGUGAUGGAUCUCCCCAAUACUCGUGACCCAGAAUACACUCUUGAUUGGGACGACGUGGUUCUGGACAUCGGGGCUAGCAUUGUUCGCAAUAUCCGCAAAGAGAUCAAAGCGGAACUGGAACUCACCACGUCCGCCGGCAUCAGCCACAACAAGAUGAUCGCCAAGGUCGCUUCUCGAAUGAACAAGCCAUUCGGCCAAACGACUAUCAGGCGCAAAUCCAUCCCCGCCAUUAUGCCGACUCUUAAAGUGACCUCACUCUCUGGCCUGGCAAGGCAGCUUGGUCAGAGAGUCGUCAAAACCUUUGGGUCUGACGGCAUACGCGACCUCCUCCAGGUCUCCCUUGCGGAGAUGAGGUCGAAACUGGGAGCCCAAGACGGUCAAUGGGUGUACAGGGCCAUCAGAGGUGACGAAACAGGCCCUGUAAGGCCACGGAGUGAGGUCCAGUCCUUGCUAGCUGCCAAAACCUUUGUGCCAAAAGCCGAGAAUCUUCAACAGGCCAGCAAAUGGCUGCGAAUCUUUGCUGCAGAUCUUGAGUCACGGCUCCGCGACCUCGAUCUAGACUCCGAGGUGCCUCGACGACCCAAGACUAUUGCCGUGCAACAUCAUAUCCGGGGUCGGUUCGGCCCGACGCGGUCUAAGCAAGCGCCGAUCCCACCACACGUCGAGAUCAACCGGGAAACCAUAUUUAACAUGCUGCAUGGAUUACUCAAGGAUCUGAUAGACCACGGGGAGUCUUGGCCGUGCUUGGGUAUCUCUGUCAGCAUGUCAAACCUGGAGUCCGGGUUGCCUACAUCUGACCCCGGGCAGCGUAUUACGUCCUUUUUUUCUUCAAACUCUUCUGCUAGCCCUCGGAAACGGAUCCGAGAAGGGGACGUGCCGAAUAGGCAUGCAGAUAGUAAAAGGGUUCAAGUAUCGAGCGAUGCAACGAAAGACCCAGCACCCGUCAGAUUAGCUACUGCAAGUACCUCGGCUCGGGCCAUUCGGGGUGACCCAAGGGGCGAGCAAGAACAGCAAUACUUGUGUCCUAAAUGUGAUGAGUUUGUUCUGCCAGAAAAUGUUCUUGAGCAUUUGGACUGGCACGUCGCGUUGGAGAUUCAGAAUCAGGAGAGUUGAGCAUCCUCGAUGAUGGGAAACGAGCCUGACCAACCGAUGUGAUACGGGCUUGCACCUUGAUCCGUUUACGAAAGCCACCCUCUCAAAGGUCUUUGAAUCCUAUAUUCGGGGCUCUGAGGAUUCAGCUUCUUUAUCUCCAGACACGCGUUGGUAGUGGGUGGCGGUGGCUCAGGAAGCAGGGGCAGCACGAGCAUGACCAAAGAAUCUCGAAGCCGGUCUAUUGGUACGGAGUUCCUGUGGAGGAUUCACUGGGCUAUUUACUAAGCGUUCUUAUGAUCUAGCGCGUAAAAUCCAUUCCCAUAUCUGUUUUAGUCACCCGGGCAGGUUGCAUUCCACGUGACACGUAGUAUCAAGAUCUGCCGAUAGGGCUGAAUAGAGUAUUACUUCAAACUAUCGAGGCUUAGCUGUGAGAAGGUUUAAUCAACGUCUACGGAAC